CCAGAAGCAAACUCCAGCCCUCCCCGUGUCUACUGCUCGCUGAGGAAGCCGCAGGUGCACACUGGAUCCACAAGGCACAGAACCAUCUUCGCCCUCGGCAAGCCCCCGCUUCCGCCAGGGCAGACGGCCUCAGGGAGUGGCAGCCGGAGUCUGAACUGUCCUGGGGGACCAAGCAGGAGCUUAAGAUGGGCAAGACCUGGGGCCCUGGGCAGACGCAUCAAAGCAGGCAGAAGCAGGCAUGGCCAGCAGGAAGACCAAGAAGAAGGAAGGGGGUGCCCUCCGGGCCCAGAGAGCUUCAUCCAAUGUCUUCUCCAACUUUGAGCAGACUCAGAUCCAGGAGUUCAAGGAGGCAUUCACACUCAUGGAUCAGAACCGAGAUGGCUUCAUUGACAAGGAGGACCUGAAGGACACCUAUGCCUCCCUGGGCAAGACCAACGUCAAGGACGACGAGCUGGACGCCAUGCUCAAAGAGGCCUCGGGGCCCAUCAACUUCACCAUGUUUCUGAACCUGUUUGGGGAGAAGCUGAGCGGUACCGACGCCGAGGAAACCAUUCUUAACGCCUUCAAGAUGCUGGACCCGGACGGGAAAGGGAAAAUCAACAAGGAGUACAUCAAGCGUCUGCUGAUGUCCCAGGCUGACAAGAUGACGGCGGAAGAGGUGGACCAGAUGUUCCAGUUCGCCUCCAUCGAUGCGGCGGGCAACCUGGACUACAAGGCGCUCAGCUACGUGAUCACCCACGGGGAGGAGAAGGAGGAGUGAGGCCCGGCCGGGUCAAUAAACCUGGACGCUUGGA